AUGAAUCCUGGCUACACGAAUGUUGCUAACUGCGAGAAGGUCGAUGACUCAAAGUACAGCAAUUUUUUACAGAUGCAAGCCAGCAGAAAACCAACCUACAACUAUAUGAAACCUAAAAGGCCUAUACCCACCGAAAAAACAAGAAAAAAGUACGAAGAUGCCAUAGAACAUGAUACAUUGGACGAAUUGAUGGAUGAUGACGGAAAUGAUCACCUUCGUCAAAACGACUCACCAGAUGCAUAUAUGACAGAAGGUGAUGAUGCUGACGAUCCUGAUGAUUCACCAAGAUAUAACGACGACGACUAUCAUAGUACCACAGGUGACGAUGAUUCGUAUGAAGAUUCCGAAGAUUUAAAUAGUAAUAUGCUUUUCAAUGAAAACUAUGACGGCGGUGACAACAAUGUCGAUGAUAAGUCCAACGAAUUCAAUGCCUACGAAGAAAAUAAUAAUGGACUAAUGGAUGAUAGUCCACAGGAAAAUGAAUAUGAAUCCGAAAAUGGUUACAACGAGAUAAAUGACACUGAUGAUUACGAUGACGUUAUUGAAGAGGAGGAAGAAGAAACAGGUGAAGAUAUAGGGGAUGUCCUAUCUCCUAAUGGCCUCGAAUAUCUUGGGGCAGGUUACGAUUUGUUGAAAGGGAACCCACUCGGCGACACCGUCAUUUUACUCGACCCAGGUUAUAGGGCCAGCAUCAUUCAGAUGCAUUGGCGAAACGACGGUGAAGGAUUUUCGAACAGUCGGGAAUACAUCCAACCCAAAGGCGCAUGGGUUCGACCAUACAUAUCUUGCCAUAAAGGUGAAACCAUUUCCGAUGUAGGAAAGUCGCAAUCCUUUACCGAUGUACUUUCAGUUGAUGCAGAGGUCUCGGCUUCCUUCCCCGGAGAUGCUCUCAAAUUCGCGGCUUCUCUGAACUAUAAUAACAUCAAGAAAUCACAAGAAAUGAAAGAUGUAAAGACUUACGUCAGCCGUUCCUACUGUUUCAAUUACGUUGCUGGUAUACCUAUGUCCAUCAAAUGGGACUUCACAGCGGCUUUCGAUGUGGCACUACGCACGCUUUCGAAAAAUUUCGAAGAAGAAGCUCGCGGGAUGCGUUGCACAACGAGGGAUUACCGUGCCAACCCUACAGGCAAGGAUUGCGUGGAGUUAGGUGUUUCCGCUUGGAUGCGCCUAUUUACUAUAUUCGGCACCCACGUUACGAGCAAGGUUUACCUGGGCGGCAAAAUGCUCACGAUCAUGGAGACUAAGGCCUCUCAGGAAGCGGACCUAGCUAAACGUGGUAUAGACAUUCAAGCUGAGCUCAGUGUUCAGGCACAAGCUGCUAUGGUGGAUACCUCAGUCAGUGCGAGCACUUCAAAAUCCUUAGUGACGAGCAAAGAAUCCUUGGAUACAAGGAAUUCGAUGUUUGUUAUGGGUGGCAACAUUUACGGUAAUGGCCAAAGCUUGAUGUUCAACGAUUGGGCUGCCACCGUAUCUAAAUUUUCAAUGCCAAUCAAAGCGGAGUAUACUCCAAUCGCAAUGUUUUUGGAUCCCGAAUAUAUGGAAGCAUAUAAUGACGCCUAUUUAUUUUAUGGCAAAGUCCUUUUAGGAGAUGAUGCCAUUCCGAAGUGA